UGUUUUUACUUUUAAUUUAAAAUAUUUAAUUUUAUUUUUUUCUCUCUCUUAUAAUCCCCAAGCCCAGAUUUCCUCUCUCUCUCUCUCUAAAACUCCAUCACAGGAGUUACGACGAAACCAAACCCUCCAACUCUUCUUUCUUCCUCCUUGAGCUGUGCUGUGGUAAUUUCAAUUCCAUGGAGUACUACAGCUCAUCUCGUUCUUCCUCGUUUUGCUCUUCGUCUUCAUCUGAGGGCGGGGGAGCUGUUGCUACUGCUACAGACUCCACCGACACCAAUUCUAAGGCCGAAACGGGCUCUCCCUCGUCGUCUUCGUCUUCGUCUUCCUCGUCACCUGCAUCUUCCGUACGCCGCGCUCUACUUCUCGUCCAGUCAGACGACGUCGUUUCGAAGCUAGAAGGCGCCCGCGAAAUCCGACGCCUUACCAAGACCUCUCAGCGCUGUCGUCGGUUGCUGUCCGACUCUGUGGUCCCACUCAUUUCUAUGCUCCGACUUCGUGGCUCGCCCGACUUGAAGGAGUCAGCUCUACUCGCCCUCCUCAACCUCGCCGUUAGGGACGAAAUGAAUAAGACCAAGAUUGUGGAAGCUGGAGCUUUAGAACCGAUAAUCAGUUUCUUAACCUCUGAAAAUUCAAAUCUACAGGAGUACGCAGCUGCUUCUUUGCUUACUUUAUCUGCUUCUGCAAAUAACAAGCCAGUUAUUGGUGAUUCUGGGGCUAUCCCUCUUCUUGUUGAAACCCUUAGACACGGGAGCUCACAAGCCAAGGUUGAUGCUGUAAUGGCUCUUUCAAAUCUCUCCACAUAUCCCAACAACCUUAGCAUCAUUCUAGAAUCAAAACCAAUCCCUUCCAUCAUAAAUUUGCUGAAAAGCUGUAAGAAAUCUUCAAAGCCCGCUGAAAAAUGCUGUGCUCUAAUAGAAUCUUUGGUGGGUUUUGAUGAGGGAAGAUCUGCCUUAACAUCUGAAGAGGGUGGAGUUCUUGCAGUUAUUGAGGUGCUAGAAAAUGGCUCUCUCCAGAGCCGUGAACAUGCCGUUGGUGCGUUACUGACAAUGUGUCAAAGUGACCGUUGCAGAUAUAGGGAACCAAUUCUUAAAGAAGGAGUAAUCCCAGGACUUCUUGAGUUAACAGUCCAAGGAACCCCAAAGUCUCAGUCAAAAGCACAAACCCUUUUGAGGCUGCUAAGGGACUCUCCAUAUCCGAGAUCUGAACUUGAACCAGACACUCUAGAGAAUAUUGUCUGCAACAUAAUCUCACAGAUCGAUGGAGAGGAUCAAUCUGGUAAAGCAAAGAAGAUGCUAGCUGAGAUGGUUCAAGUUAGCAUGGAGCAGAGCUUGAGACAUUUACAGCAAAGGGCUCUGGUAUGCACACCAUCCGAUCUACCAAUCAGUGCUAGUUGUACGUCUGAAGUUUCCUCAAAGUAACUGUUUUUAUUAGCUUGUCUUCCCCGUCAUGGUGUUUUGUGAUAUAAAGUUUUCGAUAGAAGAACCCUCCCUUGAAAAAUUGAAAAGAAAAUAUAGUGAAAAAGAUGCCAGUCCAGGCCUUUGUGGUGGUGUCGAGUGACUGGUGAGUGUCAAUAAACUGGAACUUGUAGGAGGUUUAAAAUAUGUUUAUGUUUAUCUUAGUUGCUUUGUUUGUAAAGAAACUGUUUAUCAAACUGUGAAAUUCAAAUGAGGGUUUAUAUC